AUGAGAAUCCACUUUUCACCCAGGCACGAAGUUAGAAUGUCCAGUGACAUUAAAGCUGUCUUGGAGAAGAAGAAGGCGAGACUACUUGCUCUUCGAGAGGCCAGGAGGAAAAAACAGGAAGAAGAGAGUGCCAGAGCUACACCCGUCCAACAGCAGCAAAUUCUUCUACACGACAUCCUUGGUAGGUCAGAGUUGAACAAAUAUCCAUAUCGUCGACCUGCGUGUUUUGAGCUCACGUAUUUACCUCUUAGUCCGAGAAAGGUGGAGCUGAAGAUAGUUCAAGUGCAUGAGGCCCACAUUCUUCCCAAAGAGCAUUUUUUAUACGACAAGGGGACUCAGACCAAAUCAACUGAAGAACCUAAUGAAAUCCUGGCUAGUGGCAUUGCAGAUGAAGGAGAAAAGGAUUUCCCGGAAGUUUCCCAUGCUCCUAUAUUCCCAAGCGAACUCCAACUAGCGAUGCCACCUUCAAUUGAGGAAAAGGGCUCCGCCAAUAACCAAAAGGACACAUUAAAAACAAGUGGAGAGCUGAGUGAGGGAGAGAAACAGACGAUAAUGACGAGCGAAGAAUUUCUAGGAUUCUUCGAUCGAGCAUCUCGUUGCAUUGAGCGUGUCCUAGACGAGGAAUCAGAUCUCCUGUUUGAUAUCUCCGCUGACUUGAAUGGAGACGUCAAUAGAGAAGAGAAGACUGGGCAGAGGGUGAUAUUAAACCGUUGCUUUGACGACGAGCGAUGGUCAAGGAAUCGAGUGGUUACUUCGAUGGAUUGGUGCCCACAAUAUCCAGAGCUUCUGGUUGCGAGCUAUAACAAUAAUACCGCAAACCCAAAUGAUCCAGAAGGUCUGGCUCUCGUAUGGAACACUCGCUUCAAGAAGAAAAUACCGGAGUAUAUCUUCCAUUGCGAAUCUCCUGUCAUGAGUGUCUCCUUUGCCAAGUUCCAUCCCAACUUGAUCCUCGGUGGGACCUACUCGGGACAGUUGGUACUCUGGGAUAAUCGGGUUCAUAAACGAACCCCAGUCCAAAAGAGUCUACUCUCUCAUGUGGCACACUCUCGUCCCAUAUACAGUGUGACUGUUGUCGGAACAGGACAAGCACCUGCUGUGGUCAGUGUCAGUAAUGACGGUCGCCUCUGUACCUGGAGUCUAGAAAUGUUGGCAACUCCUCAAGAAUCACUAGACCUGGUUUAUAAGGGAAACGACGUCCCUGUAUCAUGCCUCUCUUUUGUACAUGAUGACCCCAAUAACUUUUUUCUUGGAUCUGAAGAUUCUAGCGUCUAUCAUGCAUGUCGUCACGGGAACAGGGAUGGGAUUGUGGAAGCAUUCGAAGGUCAUCAAGGGCUAAUCACGGGGAUCGACACUCAUCAUGCCCAAGGAUCCGCUGAUUUCUCUCAUCUCUUUCUUUCUUCAUCCUUUGACUGGACUAUUAAGCUCUGGAGCGCCAAAGACGAGAAGCCUUUGCAUUCGUUUGAAGACAACGGUGAAUAUGUCUAUGAUGUCGCGUGGUCCCCCAUACACCCAGCUGUCUUUGCGGCUGUUGAUGGUAAUGGUCGCCUGGAUAUCUGGAACCUGACUUUGGACAUCGAGUUUCCAACUGCGUCCGUGGUUGGGGAAAAAGGGGUCGCUUUGAAUCAAGUAUCAUGGGCACAGUCUGGUCGGCAUAUAUGUGUCGGAGAUGGGAAUGGUCGCAUUUGGGUCUAUGAUUUGGAUGAGACACUGGCUCUUCCCAAACCAGACGAUUGGAGCAAAAUGUCACGCACUCUACAAGAGAUGAAGAUGAAUCGUUCGGACGAUAUGCAGAUCUCUGCUUCCCUUUUCUCAUACCCCAUUUCUUCUCCCGUGACCUCUCUGAGGCUAUGACUUUCCUUAAACCUCUCAUCUUUCUCAUCAUCCUUUACGCUAAAACCCCAUCAAGCAGCAGUUUUUUUUAGCUUAUUGGGUUUUGAAUUAUUUUUCAUUUGACUUGUUUUAUGC